UAUAUCGUCCCUGUAUACAUUCCUCUCUCUCUCUUCGCUCUUUCGUUCUCUCUAUAAAUCUCCAAAAUCUAUUCUCGACAGAUAACCUCCGUCACUGAUUUACCGUCGAACGCCGUCGAUUCGUUGAGCGGUGAAGAAAGGUGAAUUUUCAGGAGGUUCGGAUAUUAUUUUACGUGUAUCUGAGAGGAACUGACAUGGCGCCGGCAGCCGGCGUUUCUCCAGUGUCGGAUCGAGUGCCGGUGAUGAUGCCGGCAGCGGCGGUACAGCCUACGGCCUUGAUGUCCGAGGCAUUCGCGAAGGAUGCGAUAAUCUCGUGGUUCCGAGGUGAGUUCGCCGCAGCGAACGCGAUCAUCGAUGCAUUGUGUGGUCAUUUGUCCCAGUUUGAAGGUGGACGAUGUGAGUAUGAGUCGGUGUUUGCGGCUAUACAUCGACGCCGGUUGAAUUGGAUCCCGAUUCUUCAGAUGCAGAAGUAUUUUUCUAUCGCCGAUGUGACGCACGAGCUACAGAAAGUUGCGGAGGUGAAAGAGAAGUUAAGAAGCGUUGAGAAGAUCGUGGAAGAAAAUGUUUCUUCGCCUGUGAUAGAGACGAAACGUGAGAUUUUGGAAGAGAAAUCCAUGGACGUCGAUGGAAACGGCGUUGGUGAGGUUGUUGAUGAUGAUUUCGCCAAUGAUAAUUCGCCAAAGAGCGGGAUUACUGAUGCAGGAUCUGAGCAACCGGAUAUGGUGGUGGAACAGGAAAGCACUGAGAUAUGCUCAAACCAACAAGAUUGGGAAGCACGACGUGCCGAAAUCAAGAUGACUAAAGGAUUUGUAGCCAAAGAAUCCGUCAAAGGCCAUAUGGUGAAUGUUGUGAGAGGGUUGAAGAUGUAUGAAGACAUACUGAACAAAAGCGAGCUAUCUAAGUUGACUGAAUAUGUAACUGAACUCCGAGUUGCUGGCCAAAAUGGUGAACUCUCAGGUGAGACGUUUAUCAUGUACAACCAACAAUCCAAAACAAUCAAAAGAGAGCUCAUUCAGUUUGGUGCUCCUAUUUUUGGACAGAUUAAAGAUGAUGCUUCAACUAAAUCACAAGAAAGCAACAUCGACCCGAUUCCCGCUCCUCUUGAAGGUGUCAUUGAUCAUCUAAUCCAAUUCCACCUCAUUUCAGAAAACAGACGUCCAAACAGUUGUAUCAUUAACUUUUUCGACGAGGGAGAAUUUUCACAGCCUUUCUUGAAGCCACCUCACCUAGAGCAACCAAUCUCAACUCUUCUUCUAUCCGAAUCAACAAUGGCUUUUGGACGUACUCUAGUCUGCGAUAACGAUGGAAACUACAAAGGACCGCUCAUGCUUUCUCUAAACCAAGGGGCACUCCUAGUGAUGCGAGGAAACAGCGCUGACAUGGCACGCCACGUCAUGUGUCAAUCUCCGACUAAAAGAAUAAGUAUCACAUUUUUCAAAGUGCGAAUGGAAGAUAGAAACCCCCCACCAAAAGACCAUCAAAUUCCAAUGUCUGGAGCGAUGACAGUAUGGCAGCCAAACGUUCCAACUCCAUUGAUCACACAAAACGGAUACGAAUCGAUCCAUGUUCUCCCGAAAUGGGGUGCGAUCCGGGCCCCACAGCUUCUAAUGUUGGCACCGGUUCGACCAAUGGUAAUGAGCCCACGAAGGCUGCCACGUGGCGGUACAGGUGUUUUCUUACCGUGGAACGGUGGGUCCAGAAAACCUGCGAAACAUCUACCGCCACGUGCUCAGAGAGGACGGCUCCUUGCACUCCCGCCACCGUCCCCUGAGCCACAUAAAAUGGACCGAACCCCUGAUUCGGGCUCGGGCAUCACUGUGGCUUGAAAGAUGUUGUGGUCUUUGGUUCUUUUUUUAAAGACAAGUAGUUUGUUUGUGGUUGUUUGGAGUUUGAUUUAUAGUGUACAACAAGGCCUUUUGGUGUUUGAGAGAUGAGUUUUUGGGGAAAUAGGUUUUUAUCCGUUGUUCCCGAUUUCAAUCAACUUAGAGUUACUUUUAGAGGUAGUAUUUAAAAGCUUUGAAGUUAACAAAGUGUGAAUUGUUUUUUUU